UACAGAAUAGCACCCCACUCAAAACUGUCUGGUGUGAGUUCUGGAGAUUUGUUAGUAAGGUGAUAACUUGUAUGUUUACGUUCGUUUUACUUCCUAGUCAAUCACCAUGUCGGUGGCAUUUGCUCCUCACAGACAGCGUGGAAAAGGUGAUAUAACCCCCGCUGGAAUACAAAAGUUACUGGAUGAGAACAAUCAACUGAUUCAGUGUAUAAUGGAAUUCCAAAGCAAAGGAAAAACAGCAGAGUGUUCACAAUAUCAGCAGAUGCUCCACAGAAAUUUAGUGUACCUGGCCACGAUAGCAGACUCCAAUCAGAACAUGCAGUCUCUCUUACCUGCUAAGUGUGACUCCCCCAUCCCAGAGGUAAAGCUUGAACCGCCCACUCAGAGCAUGCCCAUGGGCCCCGGUGGGAUGACCCCGAGCGGAGCGCCCCCGCAGCCCCCCCACGGCCACAGCAUGCCCGCCGACGGCAUGGUCAGCGGAGGCCCCCCGGCCCCACACAUGCAGAGCCAGAUGAAUGGACAGAUGCCUGGCCCUAACCACAUGCCCAUGCAGGGCCCCGGGCCGGGCCCUAACCAGCCCCCCAACAUGCCCAGCGGAGCCAUGAACAUGCCCCCCAGCAGCCACGGCUCCAUGGGCGGCUACAACCACGCUGUCCCCUCCGCCCAGGGCAUUCCUGCCCAGGCCCAGAUGAACAUGACCCAGGGCCAGCCCAUGGGCAACUACGGCCCCCGGCCCAACAUGAACAUGCAGCCUAACCAAGGACCCAUGAUGCACCAGCAGCCCCCCUCCCAACAGUACAACAUGCCCCCCGGCGCCAGCGGACAGCACUACCAGGGCCAGCAGAACCCCAUGGGCAUGAUGGGCCAGGUCAACCAGGGGAACCAUGUCAUGGGCCAGAGGCCCAUGCCGCCCUACAGACCCCCCCAGCAAGGACCCCCUCAGCAGUACCCAGGGCAGGAAGACUACUAUGGGGACCAGUACAGUCACGCAGCGCAGGGAGCCUCAGAAGGUAACGCCCAGUAUGGCCAGCAGCAGGAGGCCUACCAGCAGGGCCCCCCCCAGCAGCAGGGCUACCCCCCUCAGCAGCAGUACCCAGGACAGCAGGGCUACCCCGGACAGCAGCAGGGCUACGGUCCCUCCCAAGGUGCCCCAGGACAAUAUCCCAACUACCCGCAGGGCCAGGGCCAACAGUAUGGGGGCUACCGGCCCCCCCAGCCAGGCCCGCCCCAGGCCCAGCAGCAGCGUCCCUAUGGCUACGACCAGGGACACAUGAGGAAAUAAAGGCCCGGGGAUUUGAAACCCCCUCUGACUAGCUCUGUAUGAAGCAAAGGGUCAGUAUGGAAAUUACCAGCAAUGAGAGAAGGCCGUGCCACCUCCUCACCCCCACCCCUACCCCCCCCCCCACCCCCGACCCCAAGCCCCGACCUCUGACCUGUCUUCAACUACCUGGACUUUUGCAGCGGCUGCGGCUCGCUGAGACGUUGUCUCAGACUCACACACACACACACACACACUCUUUCUCUCCAAUAUCUGGGGUCAUUGUGUACAAUUUCUUUUUUUUUUUUCCCUCCUCCCUCCUUUCCCCGGCUCCGCCACUGUCCCGUUGUAGUCUGAGCAGCAAAGCCUUCGAUGACAUGGAGCCGCCUUCCCCAGAGUAUUGUAGAUUGGGAAAUGGGGGACAACGGGAAUUGUUAUUAAUAUUCUAAAAGAUAUCUAUACAUAGGACAGAAGAAUGCAGACCUUUACCAUAGUGGGGGGGCUCCAUCCUCUAACCCCACACCCCCACUUAUAAGAAGCAAUAACCUGAGGAGGGAGGGAAGAGGAGGGUGGGUGAAUGUUUGAGGUGAGGAGGUGACUUCUGCUAGGCCAUGGUACAUGUCGAGGGCCGUCUAAAGUAUGUGAUGUAAAAAAAAAAUUAAAAAAAACUGUAUUUGAUGCUUUUUAGAUGGAGCUAACUUUGUAUAAGAAUCUGGAGACUAGUCAAACAUCUGGUUUCCUUGAGCUGUAUGUGUCAAUGGAAGUUUGGUUUCCUUUUUGUUUUUGGGACAUCCAAGAAUGUUUUUUAUUUUAUUUUUGUCUCUUCGUUUUUAAGUCCCCUCUUUGUUGAGUUGUGUCCUCUGCUACUUGAGUUCAUUGUAAAUCAUGUGAUUGCCUGGGCUGAAUUGAUACUUCUGAUUUGUUAAUGGAAAUGUACAUAGAUAAUAAACCCACACAGAUGUAACUUCUUUUUUUUUUAUAUAUCUGACUGCUUGAAAUGCCAUGAAAACGACAUCUAUAAAGACGAUGUCUGGCAGACACCCGGAUUCCACUACUACAUCCUGAAUGGCAUCAGCAUCACAGAAACCAUUUUGUAUAUUCUCGUUCCGAGUUCUCUAGGUUAUUUUGUCUCUUGUCUCGAUGUUUUGUCACGUACAACCUUACAGUCCCUUCCCUCCGUCUGUUACAACACAUUCAUCCUGGGAGCUAUUGUUUUCCCCUGAAUAAAGUUGUCAGUAAAA